AUGGCAGAAGCAGAAGGGAAAGCAUAUACAAUGAACGGAGGAAGCGGUCUUUAUAGCUAUAGCAAGAACUCUGAUUUUCAGAGAGAAGCUAUAGAUGCUGAAAGAGAACACAUCAACAAGGCAAUUGCUGUGGAACUUGACAUCGAUAUCAUUUCAUCUUCAAACACCUUCCGUAUUGCUGAUUUGGGGUGCGCCGCUGGGCCUAACACAUUCCUAGCAGUGCAAAACAUAAUUGAUGCUGUAGAAAUAAAGUAUCAAAACCAGGGAAAAAGUUCUCAAUGUCCUGAGUUUCAUAUAUUCUUCAACGAUCAUGCUGCAAACGAUUUCAACCCGCUUUUCGUCAGUCUCCCGCCAAAAAGGCGAUACUUUGCCGCGGGUGUGCCAGGAUCUUUCCAAGAUCGAUUAUUUCCGAGGGCCUUCCUUCACUUUGUGCACUCCUCAUAUUCUGUCCAAAUUCUUUCUAGAGUGCCAAAAGAGGUUGAGAACAAGAGAUCACCUGCUUGGAACAAAGGCAGGAUCCACUACUCAAACUCUACAGAUGAAGUUGUCAAGGCUUACACAGCUCAAUAUGCCAAGGACAUGGAAAACUUUCUCAAACACAGAGCAGAGGAGAUUGUCCACGGAGGACUAAUGGCCUUUAUCAUUCCUGGCCGACCUGACGGGCGUCCUCAUUCGGAAGUUUUUGCCAACAAAUCUUGUGAACUUUUGGGAUCAUGCCUCAUGGACAUGGCAAACAAGGGUAAGAUCAGUAGUGAGAAGGUAGAUUCUUUAAACUUCCCACUAUAUUUUGCAUCUCCCCAAGAAGUUGAAACAGCAGUGAGACAAAACGGAUGUUUCAGCAUCGAAAUGAUGGAGAUCGUACCCCAAGAAAAGCCUCAACUCAAAGCGUUUACUUCUAGCAUGAGAUCUGGCUCAGAGAAUACCAUAAAGAAGCAUUUUGGAGAGGAGAUUUUAGAUUAG